AAACCUGCACAACGGCACCAUGCAAGGCACUCGCCGACACCCUGCAGCACCGAUCAAUGAACACAUCGGUGAAGCCAUGUGACGACUUCUACGAGUACGUUUGCGGAAACUACCCCAAGUUCAACCCGAUAAACCCCACCUACGAGUGGUCAGGCUCCUUUCUCAGCCGCCAGCUGCUGGUGCUUGAGGAGAUCAAUGAGGCGUUCAAAAAUGCCCUCAACUCCUCAUCGAAGGCGAUUAAGUACGUCGCUGAGUUGUACAGCGAGUGCCGGGACACUGACGCCUGGGAGCGACGGGGCACGGCGCCGCUGGUUCAGUUGGUGGAGGCAACCGUCGGUGGCUGGCCGAUGUUGGGCAAGAAGAAUGCAACUGCCAGUCAGCCAAAAAGAACCUGGCAGGACAUCUUUGUUGAUGUAUUUUCCAAAGCAGGUCUGAGCUACAUCUUUGACAUUCGAGAUUCUCUUGGCAUACUACGG